AUGAAAUAUUGUACGAAUAGAACAGGCAAAAUUUAUUGUAAAGAUUGGAAUAUAACACAUAGGGUGGAAAAUUUAACAUUACAGAUUUACUUUCCUCCGAAUUUACUUGAUAAUAAACCUCAAACAUCCUAUUUAUCCUGCACUUCACAACAAUCACCAGUUCAAUUGAAUAAUACAAACAACAUUUAUACGUGUACAAAUUUAACAAGUGGUCCUUUAUACCAAGCAACAUUUGAAAUACGAGUGAAUGAAAGUAUUUAUUCAUCAUGUUAUAUUCAAUAUUCAAUACCACUACAAGCGCCAACAUUUUUGGAUCUAAUUGCAAAUGGGAAAUCAUUAGCAUUAUCAUUAUUGAAGCCCUUUGGUCUCUUCGAUGUAAUUAGAGUAUGGUGCAAUGAAAAUCAAUUUAAUUUUGAAUAUGCGGCUAUUAAAAACAAUCACACUCUAUACAUUCAAUGUCCAUUUCCUAUAAACAUUCCUCUAGUGCAUAUUAGCCUCGAAACACAACGAGAUAGUUUUAUAUCUGCUGAACAAAGACUUGUGGAAGUGUUAUUACCAGUUCGAUUUAAUACAAAUUUUGAGAAUCGUUUUGUAACUAUUUAUUAUCAAUUUCCACCUAAAUUAAACGUUUCUCAAACCGUAUCAUUUUCAAUUCGUUUCAUUGAUGAGAAUUUUGUCUCUCAUAUUCGUGCAGGUAUCGAUCAAUUAACUGAAUCGCAAAAUGUACUGUCCUAUCUAAAAUUUGGUUUAAUACCAAAUUUUGAACAUAAAAUCAUUUUUUUAUGCAAUUCAUCAACAAUGGGUUAUGCCCAAUCGGAACAGUUGUUUAUUCCGGAAUGGAAUGGCUCGUAUCCAUUUGAUGUCGAUGAUCUUCGUGCAACUGAAGAAUACAAUCAAAUUUUGUUAACAUGGAGCAAUCCUCAUGAAUCGAAUGAACCUAUUCAAUUUUCUGUUCGAUGUGAUUCGCGAAGUGAUUAUCAAACUGUACCGCCGAAUAAUAUAUCUUUUAUAUGUUAUAAUCGCUCUUUCAAUACCACAGACAAUAUAACUGUGAGAAGUCAAGCAGUAAUCGAUGGGUAUAUUUAUGGUCAAGUUGGCGAGUCAUACUUAAGUUUUUCUGGUUUUCCUUCUAUAUCCAACAUUGAAAUUGAAAAUAGCACAAUAAAUUCAAUUUUUGUCAAAUGGAACAAUAUUCAGUUAGAAAAUCAAACGAGAUUGUAUAACUACAAAAUAAAAUGUGGUAUUGACCAUAAUAUAGAACCACUUGGCACAAAUAAUUCACAUCAUUGUACAAAUUUAAUACCAGGUCAAUUGUACGUUAUAACUGUUUACAUAACAAAUAUCGCUGCUACGAUUCAACGAGUAAAACGUAUCAACGUCAAUACAUUUGCAUGCAGUAUAUCCAGUGGUGCUCCAUAUAAUGUUACAUUUGAAACUGUUAAAAGUGGUUAUUCUACGGCUGUUUAUCUAUUUACAGACACCGCACCGGUAAUAACAACAACAACAACAAAUACAACAAUAUCUACAGCAACAACAACUACCGCAACAACAAUUACAACUACAACAACAUCUACAGCAACAACAACUACAAUAACAACAACAAGUACAACAACAUCUACAGCAACAACAACUACCGCAACAACAACUACAACUACAACAACAUCUACAGCAACAACAACUACAAUAACAACAACAAGUACAACAACAUCUACAGCAACAACAACUACAACUACAACAACAUCUACUGCAACUACAACAACUACACCAAUACCAAUCACAACAACAACUAUUGCCACUACAACUACAACAACAACAACAAGUACAACAACAUCUACAGCAACAACAACAAGUACAACAACAUCAACUACCGCAACAACAACUACAACUACAACAACUACAACUACAACAACAUCUACUGC